CUUUAUUAAAAUUUUUGUGUAUUUUAAAAUUUUUGAUGAUACUAUACUCACAUUUACUCAAAAUAUUUUUUAAAUAUUCCUUUAGUCUGAAUGGGAAAUCUUCUUAGACUCCUAUCUAGAGAUGACACUCCAAAAUAUGAUGUCUUUCUUGACUUUGAAAAUGCUCAACCAACACAAAUGGAAGAAGAAACUUAUGCACUAGUUCACAAGGUUCUUCAACACUCAAAGAGAAUACUCCUUGAACUUCAACUAUACCAAGGAGCAGGACAUGCUAUUCGGGAGGCUAUAGCAAAACCUCAUAAUGAAGAACUUCAAAUAAGAGCUUGGGAUGCUGUGAUACCACUAGUCCACAAACUUCGUGAAUUUUAUGAAUUUUCACAACAACUAGAUACUGUAGUCCCUCGCAUUUUGUGGGAACUCAGUUCUGGUCCUUUAACUCCCACAGAGCAUCUGAAAAUGCAACAAGCUCUUGUGAAGCAGUUUGCAGAAAUCCUAGACUUUGUACUAACUUUUGAUGAUUUAAAAAUGACGAAUCCUGCAAUACAGAAUGAUUUUAGUUAUUAUCGGAGGACAGUCAGUAGAUUACGCUUGGCAAAUCAAGAUCCAUCAGAGGAAGAGUUAGAAGUUCCAAACGAGCUUGCGAAUCAUAUGUCACUGUUUUAUGCUCAUGCUACACCUAUGUUAAAAGUUUUAAGUGAUGCCACAACAAGAUUUGUUUCUGAAAAUAAAGAUUUGCCAAUUGAAAAUACUACUGAAACUUUGGGUACCAUGGCUAAAGUCUGCCAGAGAAUGGUUGAAAAUCCGGAAUUUUGUUCAAGAUUUCACAAAGAAGACACCAUACUAUUUGUUUUAAGAGUUAUGGUUGGCCUAAUAAUUUUAUAUGAUCAUGUACACCCCAUAGGAGCUUUUAGUCGAAAUGCCCACAUUGAUGUGAAAGGUUGUAUAAAAGUCCUCAAAGAUCAGUCUCCAAAUGUUGUGGAAGGUCUGCUGAAUGCUUUAAGGUAUACUACUAAGCAUUUGAAUGAUGAAACAACACCUCGUCACAUAAAGAGCUUACUAGUGUAGUUUGGCUGAUGGAGAAUUUUUCUUUUUUAUUUCGUAUAUUUUUCCAUUUUGCAUUUUAUUACGUACAUG